CUCACUUCUCCUGUGCGAAAAUUGCUAUCAGGUUGAAAUACGACUAGUAGUACGAGCUACAACAUACUUUUUGUUGUCGUGGCGAUAGUCAUCAUCACUUGUUUUUUACUUCGUAAGGCUGAUUUUGAUUUGUCUCCAGCGACAUGUAAGUUUCAACAGCACCCAGGACCGCAUUUGAUUUUUCUACGAUGUGAAAAAUUGCAGAUAUUACUUAGCAUUUAGACCCUCCCCGCCGCGCCCCCAGGGUGUUUCGUCUAUCAAUUUAUUUAGAGCAAGAGCUUAGUAUAUUUUUUUCUCCUACGACCAUCAGUUAAUUUGAUGAAUCAAUCUCCAAGUUCAUCGACAAACAAUGCUCGCCGACAGCAGCUUCGAUGACCCCGAGUUUACCACGGUCACUAUCAAAGAGCAAAUAAAGUGUUAAUGCUAACGGAAUAAAAAUUUGUGAUGCAGGAACGCAUGCAUCACAAAAGGGGCCCACAUUUUUCUUGCAUUUGUAUUGCAUAGCAUGCAUUCUAAGCAAAAUUUGUCAUGCUUUUCUGCAAUCUGUGUAAACCCGUAAGUACUAAACGUUAGCACGUCAUUUUUGUUUGAUAGUCACCCUCAGUGGUCAGCGGUACCGAAAAGUUCUUCUCCCCGACCAUGUAUCCUGAGGAAAAACGUCCCCACCCCAUACUUGUCAUGCAGCUUUGCAGUUACAGGAAGAUUUGUAAUGCGCAACCCCAUGAGAGCCAUUUCCAAUCGUGUUUUGGACUUUGUGAUGCUGUAAACAGGAUGAGUAGAUGGACUUGUGUUGUGGCUGUUGUACUUGCUAUAAACUGCACUACACUACAGAGAGGAAUUUGUCAUGCUUGAUUCUCAAAGCUUCUCGAUUUGUGUUGCGAGAUCCCCAUCUUGACUAUGGGGUGGGGACGUUUUUACGCAGGAUACCAUGUUCUGGAUCUCCACCCCGUGAAGCUCGGGCGGGGCGGGAAACACGUAUCAAAUGCAAAAAUGUCUGGGUCUGGAAGAUUGGAACUUGUGAUGCUAACUUUGGACUCUAAAAAGAUCUGUAUUCCAUGACCAGCAAGAGGAGUCUAGUUUGUGCUACGCGGGGAGGGCGUUUGUCAUGCGGAGUAGGCAUCAGGAAGCCCUCUAAAAAUCUGCGAUGCUAGGGCGUGCAUUACAGACGUCCUGGGUCAACAUGCAAAACAUGCAUGACAAGUUUCAGAAUCUUCCAGACCCAGACAUUUUUGCAUUUGAUAACACGGGGAAGAAGACGACGAGGAGCGUGGGCAUUAUUACACCGAUGAAGACAGCGACUACGAGAACGACAGCAACGUCUUCAACGAUAGCGAGGAUGAGGGUCGGUGGGAGUUUUUGGAGGUUGAGGACAAGUACGAGUAUCGGCUCCCCGUGCCGCAAGUCUACUUCAAAUUCCUCAUCGGGGCGAAUCACAAGACCUUGAAGAAAAUGGAGCAAGACACGGGGUGCGAGAUCCUGUGCAAGGAGGGACAGGCGCCUGUUGGGAAAAUGACAAACGCGAAAACGGGGGACGAAAUCGACGGGCACGUGGCCAUUCGGGCCAGGGACAAAAUGUCGCUGAAAGCGGGGAAAGGGGCCGUUGAGUACUUACUCUUCUCUGUGCAUUGAAAAGCCUUAACCUACGUUCUUUACGCAAUGCAUUUGUAAAAUGCAGCUAUGCUUACAAUGCUUGUUAUGCUAGUCCUUCUGAUGCCAAGUAGAGUGCUGUAACAGAUAGAAGCGUGCUUCGUGUGUGUUGUGUUUUUCCAUGAAAAUCAUCUCUAAAAACAAUACUAGGUACACAAUGGAGCUGGCAGAACAAAAAAUCCCGAUGACGCACUUUUUCAACGUGAGGAUACCCGCAAAUUCCAUCGUGCCCACCAAAUUCCAGCAGUGGUUGGACACAAAGCAGUGCGUGGAGUUGAAUCCCCACUACUUCCAGAAGCCCGAGCGGUUACACUUCACGCUGUUGCCGUUGAAGCUUCACACGAAGGAGAAAUAUGAGAGUGCACAACUACUGCCCCUCCCCCUCAUUUGUAUAGCAUGAACGGCAAUACAAGCGUCAGCAAGAGUGCUGGCUUCGCGUGAUAGAUUUGCCCAGCAGGGGUGUAGUAAUGUUUGGUACCACUCCGGAGUUUGUCAUGCAAACAGUGCCAACAGGCACAGCCUGGAUUUGGUAUUUUGCAUGACAUCAAAUGAGGGGGAGCAGGGGGGGUUGUGCACUGUCAUAAGAAAAUCGAGAAAGUGAAACAGAUUAUCCGGGAACUGAACGCCAGUGACUGGUUUCCGGACGCGGUUAUGACAGCCUCAGAAUGGAAAUCCUCAAAGUGGAAAUGAUUUGUAAUGCAAAAAAACGACUCCAGUUGAAGCGCCAUUUCUAAUCGGCGCAUGACAAAUUUCCCGGGCACUCAAAACAUGUGUGUCAUGCUAGUUAGGGCAAAGGUGUGCUGCCCUUCUCUCGUGCUAAUCAGCAGCCCACUUCCUCGGAACCCGUAGAAGCACAAUAGUCGGCCUCCAUUGCGUCCGCUGCAAUACAGUCUUUUUGGUGUCGCAUUUUAUGCAUCACAAAUUAUUUCCACUUUGAGAAUUUCCAUUCUGAGGCUUUCAUAGCGGUGGAGCGGUUUCGGUUAGAUUUAUCAAAGAAAAAAACAUUGUAGGUGUAACUUUUUUGGAGGAACAGCAUUACAAAUCUGUCUGGCAUGACAGCAAAAACCUGUCAUGCGCAGACAGUAUGUGAAAACGCCCUUUACUGGACCCUACAAGGCAUGCCAAGCAUGACAGACGCGAUCAUCUUGCAUGUUGCGCAUCACAAAUUUACACUAACAACGUUUUUUUCUUGGAUAAGAUUUGAAAGGUCUUCAUUACAUGAACGACGAACCAGGGAAGGUGAAUGUGUUUAUCCUGUGCAAAAGUAUCGUACUCGUACAAAUGCUAAUGCAAGUCUUGCGUUACAGAUCUUGUUUCCAAGGCAAAUCUGCAUUACAAAUUUUAUUUCUCAUGCUGAGGAAAUUUGUAAUGCAUUUAUACGAGUACGAUACUUUUGCAGUUCAUAGUGUUGUACACAGAACCAAGCACAGGAGCUGGAGGAGCUUCAUCUGCUUCUGCAACGACAAGCAGUUCUGCAUCAAGCUCUCAUUCUCAACGACCGCCCAACCCUUUAAACCACCUCGUGGACAUCCUGUUUCAAAUUCUGAUCAAAAACGACAUUGUCACGAAAGAGUACCUGAUGCAGCAACGGUUAUUGGAUUCAACCGGCAAGAACGCGGAUAUAAAACCGCACUGCACGCUUUUGAACACGAAAUUCUACGUGCAGUACAUGGAGAGAACGGGAAAAUGGUCCAGCGCCAAGGCGUUCGAGGAGGAAAACGAAAACCCAAGGUUUAUCAACGCGAAACCGCUGCUGCAAGCCAACGUGGGGUACGAUUUUGGGUCUUUUGAAGCAGUUAUCCUUUGCAAACGUAUCGCAUUCGUAGUUGUAAUCGCAGUCAUGCAUUACAAAUUUCGUUUCCAAGGCAAAUCAGCAUGACAAAUUUUAUUUGUAAUGCUGAGCGAAUUUGUAUUGCAAUAACUACUACGUACGAUACUUUUGCAAUUCAUAGUGGUAGAGGUGGAGUUUUCCGAUAUGCUGGAGAUUGACAGGAACACCCAGUACUUCAAAAAGCUCGCUGGGCUGAAACUAGGAUAAAGAACACCGUCGAGGAACAAACUCUGAGAAUGUCUCUCCUUUGAAGCACGACGAACAACAAAAAGAAUUGACACAAAGAUAAAGAUAAAGAGCAAGAAAGCCAAAGAAAUUCUUUCAAUGACACAACAUCACUCGCUGUCUUGUUCGAUACGUACUUGGCAGGUUUUCAU